AUGAUGAUUCCACCAGGGGAGUGCAUGUAUGCGGGGAGGAAACGCCGGAAACCCCUUCAGAAACAGAGGCCCGCCCUGGGGGCUGAGAAGUCUAACCCUUCCAAGCGGCACCGGGACCGCCUCAACGCAGAGCUGGACCACCUGGCCAGCCUGCUGCCGUUUCCACCCGAUGUCAUCUCCAAGCUGGACAAGCUUUCCGUCCUGCGCCUCAGCGUCAGUUACCUGCGAGUGAAGAGCUUUUUCCAAGCCGUGCAGGAGCAGUGCUCACGGCAAGCGGCAGCCGGUGCCCCCUCACCAGGAGACGGUCAUCCUCGUGGAGGGUCCGCUGUGCUGGAGGGAAGGCUGCUGCUGGAGUCUCUCAAUGGCUUUGCUCUGGUCGUGAGUGCAGAAGGGAUGAUAUUCUAUGCAUCGGCCACGAUUGUGGACUAUCUGGGCUUCCACCAGACAGAUGUGAUGCACCAGAACAUCUAUGACUACAUCCAUGUGGACGACCGCCAGGACUUCUGCCGGCAGCUGCACUGGGCCAUGGACCCUCCCCAACUGGGGCACGGGCAGCCUCCACACGUGGAGACAGGAGAGAACGCCGUCCUGGGGAGGCUGCUCAGGGCCCAGCAGGGGGGCGCAGGCUUGCCCACUGAGUUCUCUGCCUUCCUGACCCGCUGUUUCGUGUGCCGUGUACGCUGCCUGCUGGACAGCACCUCGGGCUUUCUGACGAUGCAGUUUCAAGGCAAACUGAGGUUCCUGUUUGGACAGAAGAAGAAGGCACCGUCGGGGACAGUCCUGCCCCCACGCCUGUCACUAUUCUGCGUCGUGGUGCCUGUCCUCUGGCAUUCUGCAGCUGAGGUGAAGAUGAAAAGCGCGCUCCUGAGGGCCAAGCACAAGGCCGACCCCAUGGCCAUCGUGGACGCCAAAGUAAAAGCUUCCAUGAAUCUGUGUGAAUCAGAAUUGCACGGAAAACCCAACUACUUUGAAGGAAGGAGCAGCAGGGAAAAUGGCCUCCUGGUGUUCAGGGCCCAGCCUGAUGCUGGCUGUUGGGCCCGGGUUCCUGCCAGGGCCCCGUGUCUGUGCCUCAGGGAUAGUCCAGACCUUGUCCUCGACCCCAAGGGGGCUGCAGGGGCCAGGGACAAGGAGCAGGAGCGGGUCCCCAGCAGCUGCUCUGGAGGGAGGGGGCAGAGGGAGGCGCACGUGCACAGUUGCCACCUGGAGAAGCUGGGACCCUUGAGGCGCCUGGACUGCACGGCAGGACAGCACGGGGAGGAUGGAAGCGUCACGCUGAAGCUGCAACCCAGCAAGGGUGACCUGGUCUCCAAGCGCCCUGUGCCCUGCAGCCCCUGUCUGCCCUACCCAGGGGCCCAGGGCACUUUCAAUGCCAGCGGCACAACCACUUUCAGAAACUCACCCAGCUGUCACCCGCCGAGCUCGGGCCCUGGUGCCUACUCCAGUCAAGCCAGCAGGCCCGGGCGGGAGGUAGACGAGAGCCAAGUGCAUGCCGCUCCCUGCUGCUACCCCCAUGGCAGCCUGCAGAGCCAGCUCCCACAGCUCGGAGUGCGGCAUUUUGCCACGGGAGCCUUCUCUGCCCAGGACGGGAAGCUACAAGGCCUGCAGAUGUCCCCAGGAGGCCUGUGUGGGCCGAUGUUGCCUCUGGAGGUGCCCAUCAAGAUGGAGCAUGACUCUGGGUCUGAGGAUGCAGUGGACGGCUAUGUGCCCAGCCAGCUGUGGCCGGGGACCAGUGAUGUGGCCAAGGGCCAUCUGGCCACUUUCCCUACCAGAAUGCACCUGAAGGCAGAGCCAGACUCUAGGCAGCCGGGCUACACCCCACACCUCGGGCAUGACAUCCUGGGAACUCCUCUGCAUAGUAGGGCCACCGCCAUGUGCUACCCUGCUCAUGGCACCCACCUUGAGCACAUGCCCGACCCGCCCCUGCUGGAUCCUCACUGCCACCACCAUGCACAGGGUCGCCAUGAGGCUCAGGCCCUCCUGCCAGGUUGCACCUGCAGAGCUGUCGGGUCCGCCCCUGUUGUCAAGCGUGAGCCCCUGGACUCGCCCCCGUGGGCCACGCCCAGCCAGGGCAGAGUGCCCGAGGUGUUCCCCAAGAGUGCCUUGGCGAUGCUGAUCCCACCCCGAGCUCCUGAGUGCACUUUUCUGCUGUAGCACACUACCCAUGCUCCGUCCACCCAGCCGGGGCUGCCUCUACACCUGGUCUAACAAGGCAGGUGCCUAACCAGAGCCUUCUUAGAGGAACUCUGCAGAGCUGCCCAGUGCAAUCCUCUACUCUGUAUGUGUGGCAUGCACAGAGGUAUACUCUGGAUUUUAUAAAAUAUCACCAAAGUUCUU